AUGCCUCGCUUGAUCCUUAAGGGGUCUCACAAUUUUGGAGUUGCCAUUGACACGCCCAACGGCCUCACCAUUCCGGUUGUGAAAGACGUUCAAAAGCGAUCCUUGGUGUCGAUCGCACAAGAAAUUCACCGCUUGUCUCUUCUCGCCAAGGAGGGUGCCUUGAAGCCUCAUCAUUUUACGGGUGCUAAUUUCACCGUCAGCAAUUUUGGAAGCAUCGGUGGCAAUGUCGUCAGCCCCACCAUCGUGCACUCCACGGCUGGGAUCGUUGCAAUCGGCAAGAUCGAAGACGUGCCGGCGCUCGUGAAAGAUGCCGAGGGUGUUCCGCGCAUUGAAACUCGUCGAAAGGCCACUCUGAGCUGGAGCGCAGAUCACCGGGUCCUUGACAGGGCAACGGUGGCAAGACGCGCUCGUCUCGUCAACGCAAUCUGGAGGAGAUGA